AUGGCAAGCUUUACCGCAUUGAAUAUCGAGCCCGCAGAGGACGUCCCGGAGGAGGUUGAUGACACCAAGGAGAUCCAAAUCGAAGAAGCUCUUAAACUUUACCAGAACGCCCUGAAACUUCACUCGCAGGGCCCAGACUUCUACCCGCAGGCCCGGGAGGCCUAUGCUGCUCUGCUGGAAUCAGACAUCUUCAAAUACCCUGAAUCGAUUUCGGACUAUCUGCGAAGCACAUUGCCGGACGCCGAUGUCGACGAUGCUGCCGCCGAUGCGCUUGCCGAGAUCGAUGUCAACGACGCGGCAGCAAGUGCUCUACCGCAGACUAUAUACCUUUCGUAUAAGAACAAUGGCCAGUUUCAUCUAGAUGUCCUAAAGGAGACCCUUCGCUCCAAUUCCGGAGCGCCAUCGACGGUUGCAAAGGAGUCCCAAGCUGCUCUAAAAAUGUUUGCCGAAGCUUUGGAGAGAGACGAUACCGACCUCGACCUUUGGAGGAAGGCUGCUCGAUUGGGUGGCGCGUUGAAUAGUUAUCGCCUUGCUCGGUAUUGCUCUGAAAGUGUACUGGUGGGUGACGAUAAUGAGGUAGAGGUGCGCACCGAGCAAUUGGGAUUGGAUGAGGCAUUCUCUAGUGAAGAAUUGCAGGGACUCCUUCGAGCAAUUAUUGAUGAUCUUUCGACAUUACAAGCUCCGCCUUCUAAGAAGCCCCGAAAAGCAUUGCUUCGGUUCGCCAGAAGUCACAUUCAAGACCCUUAUCCUUAUCUUCCAGGCCUGCCAAAAGAAAUAUCUAAAACUUCUCUGUCUACAAAAAGUUGGUCGGCGCAUCUAACAAACCGUCAUAUGAUUGUCUCCGCCGAUAGAACAUGGUAUGCUAUUGGGAAAGCGAUACUGGGGUUGAUCCGGGCGGAAGUACAAAAACCAGGCAAUUCUACAUUUAUCGGAAUCUCAUUACCCUUACGCGAAGAAUCUCCUCAAAGUCCAGCCCAUAGAAGCCUGCCAAUUCUGCCCAAAGAUGUCGAGAUGUUGGAGACCUCGGUGGACCCUUUGACAAGAGAGGAGGCACCAGAGGUCCCGGCGCCUGUCCCUACGUUGGAAACAGUUGAUGAUCAAUCUUCAAUUGAUCGACGGGCGGAAUCACAACUGAGAGAGUCAUUGGAAGGCAUUUAUAAGCCGCCCGUGGACGGCCUAAAAUCGGCAGAAAGCCAUAUAGCGGAGGAUGUUGAAUGCAAGUCAUUGAACCCCAAUCCCAGAAAACGUUCGUCUGCUUCUGUUGGGAAUGACGAGAUGGUCGAUGGUGGGAGAACAAAAAGCCGUCGAACCCGCGCUCGAGAGUCAAAUGCAGAGAGUCUACUACAAACAGAGGAUGCUAGCCUGGACCAGAGAUAUUACGACGACCGCCUGGAGGACUACUCGCAUGCUGACCAGUGGAUGUUCGGUACUGUUGGUGGCAUCCUUUCAAAGAUCGGCGUUGAAGAUUUGGGAACAAUUGAUGAGCUCAAACACCAAGUUUGUGAGUCCAUCAAUAAACUACGACCUGCGAUUGAUAUUCAACCACCCGCAAAGUCCCCUGAUAUGAUUCUUGCAAACGACCUUCGUAGCGCUUUGGCAACUUGGGAUGACGAGAAGGCUCGCUCAGCUAUGCAAGGUGAUAGCUCGACAGCUUUGCAAGACCUUCGUGGCAUGAAUCGUUCUGGCCUGGCAAUAUUUCUCGAGCACUCGAGAAAGUCCGCUCAGAAACCCAGCAAAGAUGAUCUACUCGGCGGAGGCUGCGGCUUGGAUGAAUUUGUAGAAGAAAUUAACGCAGGUUUGAUUCACUACCAUGAAGUCGCCUUUACUUGGUUAUGCAAGAUUCUACAACCCAUGGAGAAGAAAUCUGAUUCCGUCUUCAAUGGACUUCUAUCAGAGUCCCUUUACAUUUCUUCACCAUGGCCUGAAGAAUUGAAAGAGACUGUUGUGCAGCUCAUCAUCCAGGAAGAUGUGUACUUUUAUGAGAGAAUGUCUACUAUUAUUUGCGAGCUAGAGCAGGAUAUCCUUGGCCAUGCCUCAACAUCUGAAGACCCUUUCAUUUAUACUGCCGCACAUUAUGCUCAGAUGGAGAUGACACAAACUCUUCACGAACUCCAUUUGGAUGUCUACGCUCUUAUCAACAAUCCUAAUAGUGAAGUUGACCAAGCUACACGUAUUUCACAGCGUGACCGCCUGAUGAGAUGGGGGAUGUUAGCGCAGACUGCAGUCCGUCUCUUCAUGGAUCAUGGACUGGAAGGGGAUUACCGCACCAAGAUUGCCCUUCGACAUCUUUGGUCAACAACAUUUCACUCGAAUAUGGCCGAAGAUGCUACGCGUGAGCAUAUCUUACUUUGUCUACAUGAUCUCAAACAAGUUCUCACCUCAUUUGAUGAGCCUGCUAUUGUACUAAUCAACAAUGCGAUCAUGCCGGAAAUUUCUGUUUCUGCGCUAGACCAGGAGAUAUCGCGUCUCAAUUCGAUGGACUUUUUUAUGAAGAUAUUUGGGUCAGAAAAGGAGGAUUCGGUUUCUUUGAUAGAGAGUAUUGAACCCAUCCUUGAUCCUUCUUCGGUAGAGUUCAUUCAAGAGGACAUUAUUUCAGGCCCUGAUGAUGGCGUAUCAACCCCGUCACAUUUUCAGGAACUCGCGUCAUUCCUUGAUAGAGGGGAUGCCACACUUCGUCUCUUCUUAUGGCGACGAUUACAGGACGCAUACCGAGAUAUCGACUAUCUACCCAAAGUAAUUUCUUGCCAGCUUCGAAGCAUCGAGGCUGUUGUCAAAGAAAUCCGGGGCAAUUCUUUUCUGGAAUCUGCUAACGACACUCGGCCUUUAAUAUUGUUGAGGUGGCUGAAAUCACUCAAUAAUAUCUUGAUUAAGUUGUUACCGGAGCUUAUUGAAAAGCCAUCUACCGCUUUUGAGUGUAUAGAUCUAGAACACUUGCGUUCCUCCAUGGUAGCAGUUGCUCACAUUUCUCGACUACUUCACACAUUCACUCUUUACGAAGACAUGGUUCGCGUGGGCCUGCGUCCUGCUUUUGAAUUACGUGGCACACUAGGAAAGUCACUUGAGUCUUUCAAAGACAAGCUCAGGGAUAUGCAAGUUCGCUGCUGGGUAUUGCAGUACACGCUGGUCAAGGAAUAUAUGUCACAAGAGAAGGAAAUGUUUGAUACCCCGUCCGAUGACCGAAUUCAAUUCCUUCGCGCCGUUCACAGCGCGUUGGGUGUUCGGUCUGCAUGCAAAUAUGCCGAUAAAAUUCUUCUCAAGCUGAUGAAAUCAGAACUUUUUAGCACUGAAACCAAUGAGGAUUGUGAACUUGACAUCGCACAAGUUCUCUUUGACUUGCAUGGCUUCAAAUUCUCCAAUCAAAUAGCAACAUCCGAUCACGGUUGCCCUAUAGAGAAGUUGGAUUCACGUUCGGCUGCCAUGAUGGUAGAUUUUGUUCUCAUGCAAGUUGAUCGCCUGAACAUCAAGGAUCUGUCAAAGUCUGAACUGAAAACAACGAUUGAGAGGGUGCAGCAGGCAAUCGGGACUACCAGACACCCCACUUUAGCCUUCAAUAGGCGCAUCAUCAACGGAUAUUUGAAGUCGCCCAUUAAUCCAUCAGAAUUGUUCCGUCUUGUACAGGGUGUGGGCGGGUUGGCAUUGACACCUGUUCCUGUGCCAACCUCCGAAAACGCAAGGAAAGGAUGGUAUUUUCUUCUUGGCCACGCAUCAUUGACGAAAUUUCGGACCCAGAAACGAUUGAUUCCAGCUCCCACUAACGACCUGGAUGAUGCAAUCACAUACUUUCGGCAAGACUUGGAAUACGCCACAGAACGUUGGGAGACAUGGUAUAGACUUGCUCAAACAUACGAUUCUAAGCUUGAAGACGAGAUUACAUGGUCCUCAGACAAAAUCAACAACAAUAAGUCGGAUCUAGCAAGCCUGCAACGUAAUGCUAUUCACUGCUAUGCUAUGGCAGUAGUUGGUGCGCUAAGGGCUGGUGACGAGGAUGAAAAGUCGCGAGCAGUGAUAUCGGAGCUUUUCACAGACUACGGGAUACGCCUUUAUGCAUCAUCUCGGCAACCGCUUGAUAUGGCUGCUUUUAGCGUCAAUGAAUUUCAGCGCCAUUACAGCGACUUUGCGAGCCAAAAAUUAUAUACGGGGAAACCGUUCAAAGAGAUGAGGCUAUACUCUGUGUGGGGAUUGGCCAGUAACUUGUUCCGGCGUGCUAUGGUCGAUAGGCCCAACUAUUGGGUGAACCACUAUAUGCUUAGUAAAUGUCGUUGGAAGAUGUUCAAUAGUGACGAGGCAAUGCGGGGGAGCAAUAAAGCUGUCACUUUAGAUGGUGUCCUUGAUCCACUAUUGGAUGCAAUCGAAACACUGCCAACUCGGAAAGAAAAGGGUGCGGAUCCCAUUUUUGAACCUCAUUUCAGACUUGUCUCGGUUCUUCACAAACUUGUAACCCGACAACAAAUUGAGCCUAUCAAAGCUGGUGAGAUCCUGUCGGAAAGCCCGUAUGCAAAGAAGCUUUCGCCUCCUCAAGAUAUGGCAAGCUGGAAACCUUACGUUCUAGACGUUUUGAAGUGCCUAAAGAACGCAGACAAAUCGAACUGGCAUCACCGAAUCAUGUUACGGAUAGCUAAAAUCCAUUACGAUAGCCAGGAAGAUGCUAUCUCUGCAGCAAAUGCUGCUAAGAACGAGCUAAUGCCCCAGAUAUUCACAAAAACCAUGGCACUGCAAGUCUGGCGCCCCGAGUUUGAACGACCUGGGCGUCAUUUUGUUUAUACCACGCGUUAUGUCUAUUUCUUCGUGAAGUUACUAGAUCAAAUAGGUGAUCGAUCCAGCCUGGAACAGUUGCUCCGUCGUCUCAGGAAGAAGCAGGGCGAUUUUAUAAAUCAUGCCAAGCUUUGGGAGGAUAUGUGCAUGGUAUAUGCAAAGCUUAUUCGAAGUGCCGGUGCUAUCCCUGAGCAUCACGAAGAUGGAAUUUUCAAGCCCCUGAGUUGGGACGAUUUUGUUGCGAAUUCAGCUCGCUUGGACAACCUCAAAGACCUUCCUACAACCAAUGGGCCGACAUUGGACUUGCUACGCGAAGCUUUUGAACUCAAAAAACUCAACAACAAUCUCAUGAAAGUCACCAUGUUCGAAGACCUCAUCGCUGAUAUGUAUGCUCGUUUGUACGAAGAGAGCAAGCAUCGGUUCAUUGAGCAAGUAAACGAAGAAAAUCGCGAGAGAAUGAAAGUCGAUCACCUCUUGAUGAAUACCGAUGGCGCUGCUGAUGAUCCUACACCCCCUACGUCCGCUCCUGCAUCGGAAGCACCUGCUCCUCCUCGUGGACGAACCAAGGGUAUAGCUCGCCGAGACAUCCAGAAGCGCGCCGAGGCUAUUGUCAACCGGUUUGCUCGUCCAUCUACAACGAAAGCUGCUGCUGCUCCUGCUGAGGAAGAAAAAGUACCACCUGCACCACCCCCAGCCGCUGCUCUUAGCCACCUUCGGGACGAUGCAGCAGAAGGCGCAUCUGCAGCACAGAGUAGUGCUCCAGCGAGUGUGCAUGAUAGUGCCGAUGAGAGCGAAUUAAGCGAAAUGGACGAUGACAAGCUUGACAAACUAAAGGUGGACCAGAGGGCCAUAUUUCCAAAUUUGAAUUCUCUGAAAUCGGUUGAACAGAACUCUGAAAUGUCCGCCCCAGCUAGUAUCAAUGAGUAUGGCGAUGAAGCAGUCGAUGAUACGAAUGACAAUGCGCAAGAACGGGUAGGUAGUAAUGUUGAAGGUGACGCUGGACUUGCAAUAGAAGAAGGCGAAGAAACGGAACUUCAAGCAGAUAUGGAAGAAGAUGAAAUUAUAGAAAAUAAUACUGGCGAAGGCGACGGCGGGCAGGAAGAUAUUGACAUGGACGGCGAUGCCGAGGAAGGUGGUGAGGCGGAAGGAGAAGAAAUCACUGAAGAUGUCGGCGAUGAGACGAUGGCCGAGGCUGAUGACGUUCAAGCAGAGGGAGAAGCCUUGCCUCAAACUGAUGUCAAAGCCGAGGAACCAGCCAUGGAGGUUGAACCAGCUGCUUGA